AGUACUAAAAAUGUCAGUAGCUUCGUUUCCCAUGGUCGUAGAUUUUUUAUUGAUUUAGAGUGAAAACAUGUAAUUAUUAACUGUUGUUUGUGUUGUUUGCAUUUACUGUCAUUGAUAUGUUUUGUACUUAACCAAACUUGUAGGUGUUUUGUCUUUUUUACCUAGUAUACGACAAAUAAAAAUAAUGGAAUACAAACCGUAUUUCUUUGCGAGGCAUUCCGCCUUCAGCCCUUAUAGGAUGAUGAGGAAGGAAAUGGGGUUCACAACACCCGUUGGCAGUGGGGAUGCAUACGCUCGCAGUCUGUAUUGUGGGAUGAAGCCUAUAGCUUCGUGGGACUGUGAACAGAUCAGUCAUGGUUUGCCCACUGGAGGCGUUUACAACCUUGAGUUCUCCCCGGAAGGGUCACUGCUUGUUGCUGCUUGUGAGAAAAAGUGUAUACAGAUAUUUGAUCCGCUCAAUCAUAAGAGGAUUCACUCGGUCCAUGGAGCUCACUCAGACUGUGUAAACUGUGUCAAAUUUUUAGAUGGACGAAUGUUUGCUACCUGCUCUGACGACACAACAAUCGCUCUAUGGGAUGUAAGAAACCUGAAGAAGAAGAUACGCUCACUGUUUGGACACUCGAAUUGGGUCAAAAAUAUUGAAUUCUCGUUCAAAGACAAGCUUUUAGUCACGUCUGGUUUGGAUGGCAGUAUUUAUACAUGGGACAUCAAUUCCUACACAGAGUACAACUUAGUAUACCAGCGAGUGUUCCACGCGUCUGGCCUGAUGCGGUGCCGGCUGUCGCCCGAUGCGCGCCAGAUGGUGAUGUGCACCACCGGCGGCCUGCUCGUCAUCAUCCACGACCUCAACCUGUCCACGCUGGCGCAGCACCUGCACGGGUUCAAGCCAAAUCUAUACCGGCUGAUGCAGAUGAGCCAGCAGCUGAUUCCUAUCGCCGCCAUGUACGACCACCUAUUCGACAGCAGCCGCAAGGAGAACCGCAUCGAGUUCGUGUCGGACUUCCCCGACGGGAACGAUGCUAAGGUCGUCAGCUCGCUGCAGAUACAUCCGCAGGGGUGGAGCGCGCUGAGCAGGAAUAUCAGCCAUGAUGACAGAUCAGAGUGGUCAUGCAUCCACGACAUCCAGCCGUACCCGGAAACGAGCGACAAGUCGACGCGCGACACGAGCGCGUGGGAGGCGCGCUCGUCGCCGCGCCGCGUGCCCGCGCGCCGCGUCGUGCGCCGUCUGCGCCCGCGCCCGCGCGCGCCCCGCCCACAGGCCUCCGUCACGCCCGCCACGCCCACGAGGCCUAACACAUCACGCUCGCUGCCCGCGCGCCGCGUCGUGCGCCGCCUGCGCCCGCGCCCGCGCGCGCCCCGCCCACAGGCCUCCGUCACGCCCGCCACGCCCACGAGGGUUAGUGACCACACUAACACAUCACGCUCGCUGCCCGCGCGCCGCGUCGUGCGCCGCCUGCGCCCGCGCCCGCGCGCGCCCCGCCCACAGGCCUCCGUCACGCCCGCCACGCCCACGAGGGUACCACCCACUCGCAGGCGACCCGCCGAACCCCAAUUCGAGAGAGAAAGAGACGAAGACAGGGACGAAUCGGAACCAGAGCCGGGCCCGAGUGCCGCCCGGCCCGAGGAAGGAGACGCCCCAGGAACGCCCCGGCUGGCCGUACCAGGAUUGUCCAGUAUACAGAAUGACGUGUGGGAAGCGUCGAUUACCAUCAAGCAACACAGGACGCUGCAAGAAAUGUACAGCAGGGGCCAGGUGGGGCGCAACUUCAACAUGCAGCGCAUCAUGGGCAUCAACACCGGCAUCGCGCCGCCCACCGCGCUGCUGCACGUGCCCCGCCCGCCCGACCACGCCCGCCCAGAGCCCGCGCCCACGCCGCCCCGACGCGGGGACAGCACAUCACCCUCCACAUCUGGCCAGACGCCGAGCAGAGAGCGGCGAGAGAGGGAGAGGGAGCGAGAGAGAGAGCAGGACAGCGCGUUCGACGACGACCGGCCCGAGACGCGACACUACAUCCGCCAGAAUCGGGACCGGCUGCUGUAUUAUAUUGAAGAGACUAAUGAAGGCAAAGGCUUUAUCAAAGAGCUGUGCUACUCAAAAGACGGGCGUAUCGUCUGCUCGCCUUUCGGGCGCGGCAUGCGUCUUCUAGCGCUAGACGACUCAUGCAGCGAACUUAGCGCGUUAGCAUGGUCCGAGGGCCGAGGAGGCGCGCGGCCCAUGCGAGAGGCCGGCCAAGUCCUAGGGCUCCACCAAGACCUAGUCGUCAGCUCCAAGUUCAACCCGCGCCACCACAUGCUCGUCACCGGCUGCCUCGAAGGCCGCAUCGUCUGGUACGAGCCGCACAGCGGCGAGUCCAUGUACUAGUUACUUAAUAAACAUCUCGUGUUUAUG